AUGGCAUCCCUUACUAGGGACAGCCUGGCAGCCCGGAUGCUGCAGCGGGGAACUUUACCAGCAUGGGAGCUGCUGGGCAAAGUUGCGAAGGCUGCACCAUCGCUUUGGUCUCCGUCCACGAGCUCUGUUCCAAGCAAUGCGAUGUCAGACCAAGUCAUCCCUUCACACAACAACAAAGCUGCAUGCUCGCCGGGUGCACCACACAACCGCAAACCCAGGUCUGCGGAUUCAGAGCCAUUACCAGAGCCUGCAGAGAGAACAAGUGCGAGUUCCAGUUCCAUCGCAGGAUUUCGUCAGCAUCUACGAGCAAGUCUUAGUGGUUUGAGUUCCGUGUUCCGUUCUCCCAGCAAGAGGAAAGUGGGAAAGCAGCGGCCAUCGCAUUUGCCCACGAUUGCCGCAUCGCCUGCCGUAGUGUCGACGCCUUCGACGGCAAAGAAGCUCCCCCCACCGCCAGUGUCCACGCCUGUGGAGCUUCAGCCGCCUGAACAGAUUCGUGUAGCCAAGAAGCAAGCCAAAGAGCAAGCAAAGGAGGCGUUUGCAAAGUCGCGGCCGAUCAAGCCACGCCACCGCAAGGUGGGCAAGCAGCGCCCGUCGUACUUGGCACCAGUGGGCGACAUCAUGAAACUGCCUCGGCCGUUAGGAGCCAAUCCAGGGACUACUAAGGACCCCGGUCCAGCGAGUCAGAGACGAGCGUCUGUAGAAGACCGUUUGGCUCCAAGUCCGGCAGAGACGCAGUGCACGCAGACACAGGCCAAAGCAGAAUCCUGUGCGCCAGGUGUGCCUGGCAUGUCGGUCGAAUUGCGGCCUGAGGCGGCGCAUGUCGAAGCCAGACUAGAUGUAGUCAAGGCGAAGGACCAGCUCUGGGGCCAGUUAUCUCAAGAAGGCACGGUGAGAUCACUGUGUUCGGAAGGGCAGCCUCAGCCCUCAGCAGCAGUGUGCACGACAUCAGCCCCGAGCAGCCUUAGCCCGAAGAAGCCACGGACAUCCACCGGCAGGAAAAGGUCACUAGAUCAGGCUGAGGUUCCUAAGCCUCCUACGCCUUCUUCGGACAUGCCUCAACCAACAAGAGGCCUCAGCUCCAUUGCCGCGAAGCAGCGCAUGACAAAGCACCACCGUCCCAUCACAAAGCGGGUGAAGCUAGAGCAGGCCAAGCUCGAGGAGGACAAUUACGAGAUAUCAGACCUGGAGGAAGACUUGCAUGGCAAUCGUGUUGAGCCGGAUCGCUCAAGGAAGCGUAUACCGGCAUGGUGCACCAACUACGUCCAGACUGCAGAGAUGCAAGCCGAAGUUGAUCCCGACAGCAUUUUUGGCUCUCAUAUGCCGAUUUGCGAUCUGGAAGUCAUCUUCCCCGACAGCUUCUACAGAGGUUCCACUCCCAUCAAGCGUCGGCGUGGUUCCUCCUGCAACUGGUACCGUGAUGGGCUGACCCAGCGGGAAGUCAAUGCCUAUGCGCUCAAGAUGGGCCAGAAGAGGUCUUGGUCGACCGCGAAGUCAUCCUUCACUUUGGCAACCUCCAGGAUAUCGAAGGCCGACAUCCCCUUGCCACCAGUGCUAGCGAAGGUGAAGGUGGAAGCGGCCCCGGCAAAGCCCACAAGCUGUGAUCAAUGA